AUGCAGCUCCCAGCAAAUGAGACGCAGAGGGCUGGAGGACUUCACAAUUCCAGACAUUUUGGUGGGACUGAUAUGGCACUGAAAAUAGCCCAGGGAAGACGCCACAGGGGGCUCUCCUCGGCGGCCGGAGAAGGAGCUUCCUCUCUGGAGUGUGACGGCGGCGGCGCCUGCGGACCUAACCAGCUACAGGACUUGAAAAUACUGGAAAUCUGCCCAGAUCCAAAUUCUUCUGCAAGCCAGAUGAUACAAAAGCGUCGUGGUGGAACAAUAAAUUCUAGACAAGCCCAGAAGCGAACUCGGGAAGCAGCCUCCACCCUGGAGAUUUCCUUGGAAGCAGAACCCAUAGAACUUGUGGAAACUGCUGGAGAUGAAAUUGUGGACCUCACCUGUGAAUCUUUAGAGCCCGUUGUUGUUGACUUGACUCACAAUGACUCUGUUGUGAUUGUUGACGAAAGGAGAAGACCAAGGAGGAAUGCUAGGAGGCUACACCAGGACCAUGCUGACAGCUGUGUGGUGAGCAGUGACGAUGAAGAGCUGUCCAGGGACAGAGACGUGUAUGUGACUACCCACACUCCCAGAAACACCAGGGACGAGGGCGCUGCAGGCCUCAGGCCCUCUGGUACUGUCAGUUGUCCUAUCUGCAUGGAUGGAUACUCAGAGAUUGUGCAGAAUGGACGUCUCAUCGUUUCCACGGAAUGUGGCCAUGUCUUCUGUAGCCAGUGCCUCCGUGAUUCCCUGAGGAAUGCUAAUACUUGCCCAACUUGUAGGAAAAAGAUCAUCCACAAACGGUACCACCCCAUUUAUAUAUGAAGUAUUCAGAGCUGCUCAGAGAGACGGAUGGACAGACAGACAGACAGGUUUUCCAGUGGUAUCUAUCUGCCUCCAUUUUCCUGAGCUCAGAAAGACUGUGUCGAAACCAACGUCCAAUAUGUAAACUGCUCUUUUGUUUCCAACCCCUUCCUUUUGUUAUCUCCAGUCUAAUGCUGUGGCGCUGGACCCAGGACCCUCCAAGGUCUUCUGUGUUCCUCUGGGGUGGUCGGUUCUAGGGUGGGAGAAAGGGAGGAGUCAGGCACAUUGUAAUUGGGAAUUGUGGUUCUAGUCUGGUUGGAGAACGUGCAUAGUUGCCAAGAAAUUUUCCCUGUUUGGAAAGUUUGCCCCAGCUCCCCGGGUACCCCACCUCUUGUCCCAAGUGUCUGCCGGUUGACCAGUCUGCCUGCCCACACAUUGACCAAGCCAGACCUGGUUCACCCAGCUCGAGGAUCCCAGGUGCAAGAGUGGC